GCAGCCUGCCCGCAACCAGUCCCGGGCUCAGGGUUCGGCCUCGCUCCCCAGCCAUGCUGCUGCUGCCGCUGCUCCUGGAGGCCACCCUGCUGCGGCUGGCCAGUGGCUCCCACCACCCCUUCUACAACGGCUUCUACUACAAUCACAUCAUGAACGACAAGGGCAACGGGCAGGAAAAAGAUGCUUACUUCAAUGGGGCCAAGCUGGUGGUGGAGACCCCCAAAGACCCUGUCUACAGCUCCAACGGUGCCAACGUCACCCUGCCAUGCCACUACCGCUACGAGCCCGACCUGGAGGCCAAGCGCAAGAUCCGCAUCAAGUGGUCCAAGCUGCGGGACGACUACAGCAAGGAGCAGGACGUGUUGGUGGCGAUCGGCAAGACCUACAUGGCCUUCGGGGACUUCCGGGGCCGAGCUCACCUCCGCCACGUGGGCCGGCGUGAGGCCUCGCUGGUCGUCAGCGACGUGCGCUUGCAGGAUGAUGGCAAAUACCGCUGCGAGGUCAUUGAUGGGCUGGAGGAUGAGAGCGACGUGGUGGACCUCCGGCUGCAAGGCGUCGUGUUCCCCUACCAGCCUCCCCGUGGGCAGUACAGGCUCAACUUCCACGAAGCCGAGCGAGCAUGCCAGGAGCAGGGUGCCAUCCUCGCCACCUUCAACCAGCUCUUCCAGGCCUGGAGCGAGGGGCUGGACUGGUGCAACGCAGGCUGGCUGGCCGAUGGCACCGUGCAGUACCCCAUCCGCCUGCCCCGCAAGCCUUGCGGCGGGCUGCACCUCGCCCCCGGCAUCCGCAGCUAUGGCCCGCGCCACCGGCACCUGCACCGCUUUGAUGCCUUCUGCUUCUCCUCCACGCUCAGAGGAGAGGUUUUCUACCUGGACCACCCGGCUGGGAUGACGCUGGAGGAGGCCAAGCAGAGCUGCCAGGAUGCGGGGGCUGAGAUCGCCCAGGUGGGGCAGCUCUACUCUGCCUGGAAGUUCCUGGGGCUGGACCGUUGCGAUGCUGGCUGGCUGGCGGAUGGCAGUGUCCGCUACCCCAUUGCCAAGCCCCGGGCCAACUGUGGCCCCAUGGAGCCUGGUGUCCGCAGCUUUGGCUUCCCAAGCAAGGGCAGGUUUGGGGUCUUUUGCUACAAGGAGCGAUAAGGAGCUGGGAGGGCUCCUUCUUGGCCGGAGGAUGUUUCCAGCCUGACGGUGACCGGC